AUGGAGAAGCUGUCACUGUGUUUCCUGAUCAUCAUUAGCCUCCCUAAUGCUUUUUCCCAGACAGAUAUGCACACAAAGGUCUUUGUGUUCCCCAAAGAGUCGGAUAAUUCCGUUGUGAUGCUGACUGCACAGCUAACAAAGCCACUUAAGGCCUUGACUGUGUGCCUGCAUGUGUAUACCGAUCUGACCCACGACUAUAGCCUCUUCUCUUAUGCCACAAGUUAACAAUAUAAUGAGAUCCUCCUCUUCAAGGGAAAGACUGUUGUAUACAGUGUAUCCGUGAGUGGAGCUGAUGUCUUUUUCAAGCCUCCUGAGAGUUCUGCACCAAUGCACUUCUGUGUGACCUGGGAGUCUACCUCAGGCAUUACAGAGCUCUGGGUGGAUGGGAAGCCCAUGGUGAGGAGGAGUAUGAAGAGGGAAUACUCUUUGGGAACAGAGGCAAGCAUCGUCCUGGGGCAGGAGCAGGAUGCAUUUGCUGGGGGCUUUGAUAAAAACCAGCCUCUGGUGGGAGACAUUGGAGAUGUGAACAUGUGGGACUAUGUGUUAUCACCAGAAGAGAUUAGCACUGUCUAUGCUGGUGGGACCUUCAGUCCUAAUGUCCUGGACUGGUGGGCACUGAAGUAUAAAACACAUGGUGAGGUGUUCAUCAAACGACAGCUAUGGCCCUGA